AUGGCAAGUUCUUCUUCCUCAGAGCGGCAAAGCGCCCCCAGGAAGGAGAAGAAUGUAAAGGGGCAGGGUAGGGGCAGGAGGAUCCGAGUGUCCGCUCCAUGUGCUGCUCGAAUCUUCCAGCUAAAGGAAGACUUAGGUUUGAAGUCUGAGGGCGAUACAAUUCAGUGGCUUCUGGAACAUGGAGAGGGGUCCAUCACUAGGGCAAAGGGUGGGACCCCCGAAAUCACUGAGACAGAUAAAGAAGCUGAGCUUGUCGAUGAUGAUGGUGGUUCGAGGACCGGAGGACAGGCGCCUGUAGGACCUCGUCCAGUGUUUAUACCAGGGAGAGGAUACUGGAUUGUGCCUGAAGAAUAUGGAGGGCCACAACAAGUGUGGCCGGUUCCCAUGGCUCUUACCCAUGGUAUUUGCACCACGAUGCAAGGUACCUGUGCCGCAGAGUUCUCUAAGCACAACCAGUCAACCUUUAGCUCGGAUGAUGCAUCCAUUGAGGACUUUUUUGAGGGUCUAUAUUUGAGUUGGAAGAAAUUUUUGUUUCAAAAAGGUGAAAUUUGA